CCAAACUUAAACGGAUGACUUGGACAGUCAAAUGUAAAGGUUUGACGCGUUAAAUAUGAGGCAAAAUUCACGUUAAAACAUUUUGAAUGCAAAAACAGAGAAGCAGAUGAGUAAACAGCGGAAAUGUCGGAAGAAAACACAACUACUGUUGGUGAACAGACUGAGAAGAGAGAGACUGCUACACAGGAUAACGGUGAAGUGAUGCAGCAUGAGGCUGAAAACGGAUCAACAAAGCAGCUCUCUGAGUACUACAAUUAUGAGGAACUUCACUCCAGACCAUACAUCACACCGGACUCUGAAAUCCCAGAGAACCUCCUGCACCUCUGUCACUCCUUUGGCUAUGACAGUGGGCGCAGGGGGAACCUGCAGCUGCUGGAUGACAACACUCUGAUCUUUAUCGCCGGGAACCUGCUCGUGCUGCUCGACGUUUCCACCAAGGAGCAGAGAUACCUCCGCUCCUGCAGUGGAGGAGGAAUCGGCACCAUCAAGGCACAUCCAAGCAAAGAGUGCUUCGCUGUAGCAGAGAAGGGAAUCCAGCCCAACAUCAUAAUGUAUGAAUAUCCCUCGUUACGGCCGUUCUGCAUCCUCAGAGGUGGUACGGAGAGGGCGUACUGCUUUGUGGAUUUUAACCAAGACGGGAGCCUGCUGGCCAGCGUGGGGGCGGACCCCGACUACAUGCUGACGCUGUGGGACUGGAGGAGGGAGGAGGUGAUGCUGCGCUGCAAGGCCAUUUCUCAGGAGGUGUACCGAGUCAGCUUCUCCCCAUACAACCCGGGACUUCUCACAUCAUCGGGAUCUGGACACAUCAAGUUCUGGAAAAUGGCCGACACAUACACAGGGCUUAAAUUGCAAGGGCUUAUGGGAAAUUUUGGGAAAACUGCAGCGACUGAUAUCAAGGGCUACGUGGAUCUUCCUGAUGGAAAGGUGGUGUCCGGCUCAGAUUGGGGAAACCUGCUGCUGUGGGAGGGGAACGCCAUCAAGGUGGAGAUUUGUCGUAAGGGGGGGGGGAAAUGCCACGCCGGGAUGGUCCAGCCGUUCGCCCUGGAAGACGGACAGCUGAUGACCAUCGGCUAUGAUGGAGUGGUUCGGGGCUGGGACUUUGAAAGCAUCGACACCGCAGACAGUACCGGUGACAGCGGGCGGUUUGAGCUGGAGCCCAUGAACGAGCUGUUGGUGGGACACAACGUGUGCCUCUCCUCGGUGGUGAAGAGCUCGCAGCCGUCCGACUCCUUCAUCUGCUUCGCUCAGGACACCGGCGGAGCCAUCUGGAAACUGGAUCUUUCAUUCACCUACACUACUCCUGAUCCAGAGUGCCUGUUCUCCUUCCACGCCGGGGCCAUCCAGGGCCUGGACGUGUCCAGGAUAUCCCACCUGAUGGCCACGACCACUCUAGACCGUACCGUCAAAGUUUUUGACUUCCUGGCAAAAAGAGAGCUGACCUCCAGUCGCUUCAAUCAGGGUGGAACUGCUCUCAGCUGGGCGCCAACUUUGGUGAACCAGAUUGGAAGUCUGCUGGUCACGGGCUUUGAGGACGGGGUUGUGAGGUUGCUGGAGUUGUACGACCCUCAGAGGCUGAACGUGGUCACCGGGCGAAUCCCCAAAGGAGACGCCAAGCUGCGCCUCAAACAGGCCUUCAAGCCCCAUAGAGCACCUGUAACUGCCGUGGCGUAUGAGCGAAAUGGAGAGAUCUUAGCAACGGGGAGCUCCGACAGCACUGUGUUCUUCUUCACUGUCGGGGAAAAAUACAAACCAAUCGGCUUUGUGCACGUCCCCGGGCCGGUGCAGGCGCUGGAGUGGACGCCUCAUUCCCACGGUGAAAACCGGCUGCUGAUCCUGUGUCAGAGCGGUCACGUUGUUGAGGUGCACCCUCCUGACCCAGAGGUCCAGAGGCCCGGCAUCACCUUCCACCUGCCUGAACUGAGCAGCAGAGCCUUCAGGUUCAGGAGCAUCAAGUCUCGAAUCAAGAGAGAGCAGGAAAUUGCCAGACGACAAGCCGCAAAGGACGAGAAGCAGAAAGAGAGAGAAGAGAGGCUGAAAGAAUCCAAGCAGCCAGACUUAGAACCAGAGGAAGAUAAAGAGGAGGUGGAGGAAGAGCUGCCCUCCAUCUUCAUCCCUAAGCCUCCAAGUCCUCUCUACUGCGGCUUCUACUCAUCGCCUGGCCACUUCUGGCUCUCCAUGGGGGGCUAUGACUCUGGUUUCCUGUAUCACUGUCAGUUCUCUGAGGAGCAGGACCAGGACCCUCUGCAGCGGCAGGACGAGCCCUUUGACUUCCUGCCUGUCCUCAACGCAGACGACGACCCCAUUCGCUCCUUCACCUUCAGCUCUGACAGGCAGCUGCUGCUCUGCGGCAUGCACUCAGGCUCCAUCAGGGUCUACCCUCUGCAGCCCGGAGACCACAGCCUCAGCUCCAUGCAGGCCUACUGGGCUCUCAGUGUCCACGACAACCAGUACGGACACCUGCGGCACAUCCGCUGUAGCUAUGACGACCUCUUGGUGCUGACAGCGGGAGACGACGGGAACUUCUUCUCCUUCAGCCUGCUCCCUCCAGAGGAGCUGAAGAAAAGCAUGCAGAGGAAGAAGGCAAAUGUUCCUUCACCCAGGGUGGGCCUUGAGAAUGAGGCGUUAGCCCAGGAUAUUGAGGACCCAGCAGCCUGCAGCAUAGAGUCAGAGAAGCAGAAGCUGGAUAAGGACCGUCUGCGACGAGAGGCGGAGCUUAAGAUCGCAGCGAAGCGAAAGAAGCUGGCUGAGCUGAAUAAGAAGUUUCAACAGCUGCUGAUCACCAACCAGAGUCUGCCGGAGCAUGUCCGUCUGAAACCUGAGGAGCUGCAGUUGCACCCAUGUUUCAGUGAGCAGGCAGAGAGGGAGAAGGCCCAGCAAGUGAGGCUGGUGAGGGAGCAGGUGGCCUGGGAGGAGGAGCGCUGCAGCAUAGCACUCAGAAAAAUGCAGGACUGGUUCAAAGACUCUCUUUCCAAAGUGGUUACUGUGGUCGCCAUCUGCAGCGACCACAGAAUCUCCACCUACAGCCUGCCCACGCUCCCGGAGCAUUCAGCGCAGCUCAGACAUCAGACGAGGCCCGGCUGGCCUGAGGGAGACGGGGCUGCUGCAGCAGAACAUGGAAGACCCAGAGUGGAGCCUGCUAAAGACAGCAGCAUACUGGAAGAGGAGGAUCUGCCCCCCCCGGUGGCCGGUUCGGAAGGGGUGAAGCUGGGAGACCGGCAGGUGGAGAGGCUCCGUAAGGCUGCAGAGAAAGCUGAACAAGCUCGAGCCAAGAUAGAGAAGAGGAAGCAGGAAUGGGCCCAACUUUACGCAGAGAAGCCGAGCGAGAACUGCGAGGAUCCGCAGGAUGUGCAGGCCAUCGUCGAAGCCAAAGAGAACCUCGGAGACUUAAAACUGAAGUCAGACAAAGACUUCACGAUGCCCAAACACCUGAGGAUGAACGCUGAGAGGAAGAGCACAGAGCUGAUAGGCCUGGAGGAAAAAAUCCGUGAGAAGCAGACGGAGAUGAAUCAACGGAUCGUGGCGCUGCGGGACUCCAAGGUCCGCCUGGUGUCUCAGCUGCGCUCUCAGACUCAGCAGGUCCUGACUGUGCAGCUGCGUCUGCCGGCCCAUCUCCACCACCCUCCACCCACCCUGCCUGCCAUACUACCAGAGGAGACCCCCGAGAAGAGGCUGCAGUUCAACCGUGCAACCCUAGUGCGCUACCGUCGUCUGAGGGAUCAGAGGGUGCAGAGCAUGGAGCAGGACGAGCAGGAGGACAGCACCUAUAUAUUGGCGCAGCUGGAGAAGGAGGUGGAAAGAGAGGAAGGGACUCUGAGUCACUCAGCUUCAUCUGUAACCAGAGAAGAAGAAGAGGAAGGAGCAGAGCUGAGCGAGCUGGAGGAGGAGCUCCGGAGGGAGGAGGAGAUCAAACUGCUGCACGAGCAGGACUCUCUGCUGGAGCAGAUGGAGAGUUCGGUGUGGCAGUUUGACGCCGAGCUCGUGCUGCUGCGCCACCAGAAGCUGCUUCUGGAUUGGCAGCUGAAGCUGGCCGACCUCCGUGAGCUGACGCUCUACCAGGAGCUGCUGCUCCUCAAGGAGUUUGAGAGGAGGGAGGACAGCAUGCAGGAGAACCUCAGCGCACGCACGAAGGAGGAGAUCAGCAUCACGUCUAAGCUGAAGGAGUAUAAUGAGCAGCUGGAAGUGAAGCGAGCUGACAUAGUCAAGCUGCAGGAGAGAGAGAAAGCUCUGCACGCCGCCUUCCACGCAUCGCUGGGCGAAGAGAACAAGUUUGAGGAGUUUCUGACCAAAGUCUUCAAGAAGAAGAUCAAACGAGUUAAGAAAAAGGAACCGACAGGGAAUGAAGAAGAGGAGAAUGAGGAAGACUCUGAUGAUGACUCUGACUGGGAUGAUGAUGACGAUGAUUUUGACAGCGGCUCAGAUGAAGAAGGAGCUGCUCUGGACGAUGUUUGCCCUCCAGGCUGUGUGCCGGCGCUGUUUGGGAACACUCUGCAGCUGCGUGAGCGUCGGAUGGACCUCGAGGAGCUGCUGGUGGAGGAGAAGAAAAGUGCUGAGAUUCUGAGAAAGGAGUGCAUCAUGCUCGUCAAGAAGGAGAAAUCGGUGAAGAGCAGUCAGAAGGCAGCAGAGGACGACUUGGAGUUAGUCAACAGGGAGAAACAGCAGAAAAUAAACGAGCUGGAUGUGGUGGUUCCUCUCAGACUGCACCAGAUUAUGUUUGUUGUUAACGGCUCAGUGCCGUCGGACCAGAGCCCGGCGUUGGUGCUGGACAUGACGGAGCUGACCCGUCUGCAGGAUCGCAUCAAGCAGCUGCAGGAGGAGAAGAGCCAGCAGAAGGAUCUGUACAUCGAUGCACGCAAGCAGUACGUCGGGCUCACCCAUGACCGCAAGGACAUGAAAGUCAAAAUCGAGGUUCUGGAGAAGCAGUGCCACGAACUGAUGAUGAUGAAGUUUGGGAGGGAGGUGGACCUGGAGGCUCUGCAGACGCUGUCAGGGAACAGGAGGCUAGAGGAGCUCAAGCAGGAGAAACUCCUCCGAGAAGCUGCAUACGCCAAGGAAAUCAAACAGUGGGAUGCCAAGGUAGAAGAGGCGCGUGACCGUUUGAUGGAGGUGACCAGGUGUAACACUGAGCGAGUUCUCUGCAUGACAACUCUUAUGGACAAGAACCGAGAACUGGAGCGUAAAAUCAACGCUAGCCAGAGGAAAAUGGGCAACAAGUCCCAGGACUACAGGAGAGGUGUAGACCAGGUGGAGAUCCAGAGGCUCCAGGGGCUGGUGAAGACACAAUCACAGCAGGCUGAGGCGCUCCGGAGAGAGAUCGGCCUCCUGUCCCGUAAAGGAGGCCACGUUCUGCCCCCAGCCCAGGCCCGGCUGCCCCCGAUCACCCCCUUGCCCAACCCCACAGGACGCACCAAAACCAGCACACAAGGACCGGGGCGUCUCCUCAGCCAGGUUAAAGCACCAGACUCCAGCAGACAGGGAGUCAAUCAACACUCUGCUUAGUAACAGUAAAAGCACUUUCUUAUAAAUUAUUGUUCUGAAGAUUCAAAAAUACUUCGGUUUGCUGACCAUUAAGUUUGUUUCUGAAAAAGCUGCGCAGUGCAAACCUGUUUAUAUUAUUGACCCCAAGACUUUUCCUAUCACAUCACCCUCAGCUAAGCUAACAACAAUGAAAAAGGAGUCUCUGUUUGUAUGUCCGUCCUUCCAUUCCUUUGGCCAACGUUCAUCAGUGGACUUCACACAUCGGGUCGGUCAUACUGUUGUACAAAAGUAUACACACAAUAUAGGGUAACAACAAGAAACGAGACUAAAAACUAAGUAAUCUAAGGUGCAAACAUUUGACAAAUUAGGGAAAUUAGCACCAACUACCUUUCACCCAGGGAAACGUAAACCAAUGGAAACAUCUGGUGAUAAAUCAUAUCGAUUAUUUUGGCGGCCACAUCUGAUCAGUUUUGGGCAAAAUUAUUAAGUCAAAGAUGUGAUGAAUAGGCCUUUUUCACAGCAUCAUUUUCACUUGUCAGUAGAAAAAUCUAUGUGUACCCAAUAACGAUUCUAUUCUAUAAGCCAUCCUAGUUUGACAGUUUGC